GGGAGGAGUGAGUGACGAGCCAAGGAGGAGACAGAGACUCAGGAGGGCGCAGGAAGUGUCUCCGCUGAGGCUGGGGCGAGGCAGGAGAGGGUGGAGGGAAGUCUGCAGGAGCAGGCAUCCUCCAGGGUCCCAAGAAUCUGCAGGCAGCUCCUCCCGCCGCUGGGAAGGGCUCUGGACACCUUCAGCUCUUCUUGCCUGCUCUCCAAGGCUCAGUCAAGCCAGAAGCGCUGGGUGCUUGCUUGCUGAGUUGGUGACACAGCCUCGGAGCUGGUUGCCCUGGGGACCUCCUGCUUGUCUUCUCUUUGUCCCCCAGCAUGGAGGAAGGUGUUGAAUUUGACGACUACGGGGCAGACAACUACGGGGCAGACAACCAGUCCGAGUGUGAGUACACAGACUGGAAGUCCUCAGGGGCCCUCAUCCCUGCCAUCUACAUGCUGGUCUUUCUCCUGGGCACCACGGGCAACGGCCUGGUGCUCUGGACCGUAUUUCGAAGCAGCCGGGAGAAGAGGCGCUCUGCUGACAUCUUCAUCUCCAGCCUGGCCGUAGCCGAUCUGACUUUCGUGGUGACCCUGCCGCUGUGGGCCACCUACACCUACCGGGACUACGACUGGCCCUUCGGUACCUUCGCCUGCAAGCUCAGCAGCUAUCUCAUCUUCGUCAACAUGUACGCCAGCGUCUUCUGCCUCACUGGCCUCAGCUUCGACCGCUACCUGGCCAUCGUGAGACCCGUGGCCAAUGCUCGCCUGAGGCUGCGGGUCAGUGGGGCCGUGGCCACGGCGGUCCUGUGGGUGCUGGCCGCCCUCUUGGCCAUGCCGGUCAUGGUGUUCCGCUCCACAGCCCCCACCAUGCUUCCCAACCCGGACAACAUCACCAAGAUGCAGUGCUACAUGGACUACUCCAUGGUGGCCACCUCCAGCUCCGAGUGGGCCUGGGAGGUGGGCCUAGGGGUCUCGUCCACGGCCCUGGGCUUUGUGGUGCCCUUCACCAUCAUGCUGACGUGCUACUUCUUCAUCGCGCAAACCAUCGCAGGCCAUUUCCGCAAGGAGCGCAUUGAGGGCCUGCGGAAGCGACGCCGGCUGCUCAGCAUCAUUGUGGUGCUGGUGGUGACCUUCGCCCUGUGCUGGAUGCCCUAUCACCUGGUGAAGACGCUCUACAUGCUGGGCAGCCUCCUGCACUGGCCCUGUGGCUUCGACCUCUUUCUCAUGAACGUCUUCCCCUACUGCACCUGCAUCAGCUAUGUCAACAGCUGCCUCAACCCCUUCCUCUACGCCUUCUUUGACCCCCGCUUCCGCCAGGCCUGCACCUCCAUGCUCUGCUGGGGCCACAGCAGGUGUGGGAGCGCCUCCCACAGCAGCAGUGGGGAGAAGUCGGCCAGCUACUCUUCGGGGCACAGCCAGGGGCCGGGCUCCAACACUGGGAAGGGCGGAGAGCAGACACAGGAAAAAUCCAUCCCCUACAGCCAAGAGACCCUCGUGGUUGACUAGGGCUGAGAUCCCAGAGAAGCCUGGUGCCCUCUGUCCUGCCCCAGCCCUUGCCCUUGCUCUCCGAAAGUCAGGUAGCAUGAGGGCACUUUUUCUCUUGCACUUGACUCCUUUCCUGGCUCCCUGCCUCCUGCCUCCCUCCUGUACUCCUUUCUCCUUCAGUUUUGGGCAGAUGUUUGUGGUGCAGUGGGAGGACACAGGGCCCUGCAGACCCAUGCUCAGCCACUCGGCGUCUGUGAGACUGACUUUGCGCCAGUCUCUUAACUUCUCUGAGCCUCACUUUCUCCAUUCGUGUAAAAUGGGAGAAGUCAUACCGGCACUAAAACGACGUGUGCGUGUGUCUCAAUAAAAUUUGGUUUCCCCGCUUCCUUCCUUCUUUCUUGCAUCUCCAGCUCUUUUUUUCCUCCCUCCUUUCUGUUGAGUUUUCUCUAUCCUUGUCCUCCUGCUGUUUUUCCCUCUAUCUUUGUAUUUUUUUCUCUGAAUCCUUGCCUCUGGCUCCCACCCUCUCUCCCAUUGCUCAUCACCCCCCACCCCCUGCCAUCCCUUCUUCAUGUUUUAACCUCCUUGUUGUGAGGGACUCCCAAGGGUUAAGAAUCCUGUAGCUUGUAAACACUGCCCCUGUUCAAGCUCUUUAUCCUGUUCUCUGAGGAAGCCAAGGAAGCAAGCUGGGGCGGGGGUGGGCUGGGUGUCAGCGGAAUUAGUGCUCCAGUCUGCAGACGGGAGCUCCAGAACUUUCCUCCAAAUUGGAUCAGAGUGCUGUGAUUUCGGGCACCUGGGGCAGGGGUAGGGAGCUCCUUUCCUGCAGCCCACCCAUGGUGCCAACGAGUUGUGUUUUCUCUAGUUUUUCUGGGACCCUGUCAUCCACCCCUAUUCUCUGUGGGAACUGGAAGUCACUGGGGUUGACAAGCAACGGGCUCCCUGGAUUCCUUCUGUGAGUAGGGCGUUGGGAAGGGAAAGUGGAGGAAAAGGGGAGUCAGCAUUUGGUCUAUGUGCUGCUUGGCCUCGCUCCCCAAAUCCUGGCCCCUCCAACCUCCUCCAGAGCUGAGCUGACCUCACCCCACCCGUCUCCCCCAGGACAUUUUUCUUGGGCACUGGUGCUACUCAGUGUCAAGAGUCACUUUGGCUGCGGCAGAGACUCUUGUAUGUAUAUAUGUAUAUAUAUGUAAGCCUGGAUGAGCAUAGCAUGAUAGCAGUGUGCUUAUGUCACUUGUCACUUGGAUGAACCUCUCUUCCCCACAACACAUACAUCUCCAUUUUUCUUUGAGGGAAGAAGGGACUUAUUGAGGCAAUAUUGAAUAAACAUGAGCCCGCCCCCACUGGAUUUGGGGGCUGCGACGGCUGGUCCGUGUUUUAAGAGAGAAGUCUGUGUUUGUGUUCGCUCCUGGCUCCCUGUAGGGACAUCUUUCCCCAAAGCAGCUGGCAACUGAGGCUUGGGGAUAAACUGUAGUCUUAUGUGCUGGGCCCUCAUGCUUUCCCUAGUUCCAUGAGGCAAACAGGAGGCUGGUGAAGAGCUGCCCUUGGCACCUUUCCCAGGCCUUCUCCCCUUGCUUUGAGUUCAUGGUUUCCUUCAGCACCUUCCCUGUUUCCAGGGUCUGUGACCUCUUCCUAAGAGGGGGACGGGUACCAACUUGUCAUGGGAUGAAGAGCUCUGUGGGUUUUUUCUCACCUCACCUUGAUGAUGGGACCCCUUGGCUUCUCCCGCUCUGCCAGGGGGCUGGGAACAAUGACUGGAACAGCCACGCAGGGCUGACAGCAGAUGUCUACACGCCCAGAGAGACCUUGGGGGUGGAAUAGAUGGUGGGGCCUUUGUGAGCUGGGAGAAGGGUGUGUAUGUUCCGGGUUUUGUUUAGAAGAUUCUGGACAUGGAGGACAAGAUAUAAACCACGGAGGCAGGAAGAGCCCAGCUUGGUGUAAAUGGACAUCUCGACCAUUGUCAGGAUGGAGUCAGCUCUGGGAGCAGAGGAAGGAGGAGACAGAGAAUGGAGAGACUCAACUUAGUAGUCUCCCCAUCACAACCCAGAAUCUUCCACAGACUCACUCUCUUGGCCCAGGGCUGUCCUCAAAGCAUUCAGGCAAGGGUGAAGGAAGCUUCUACAAGGGAGGAGGGUAGCCCUCUGAGGCCCUCCUGGGGACCUGCAGCAACCUCCUGCCUGGAACUCAGCAGCAGCAGCCCUGGGCAGAGGGUGGAGGAGUCUGCCUGCCACUCCCCUCAACCCCUACCCCACCCCUUUGUUGCAAUGUCUGUGCUAUUUUCUGACUGUUGGUCACUGCGG